AGGGCUCUGCUCUUACCUAAGCCAUUCACAGGCUCAGCAUCACACAGUUGAUUCAGCACCUUGCUAAUAGCGCACACAUUAACUGCAGCACAGAUCAGAGGAGGAGUGCAGUUAUGAGAGGCAGCCCGGCGUUUGUUCCUCGCUCGUUCCUUGUGCGUGUGUUUGUGUGUGUGUGGAUGUAUGUGUUGAGCAAAUGUGUGCAUGGUGCGUCUAGUGUGUGUUUGUGAGAGAAAGAGAAAUAGAGGCAGAGAGAGUGAGAGCGGGAGGGAGAGAGAGGGAGAGAAAGAGCGGACGUGUGUUAGUGGGAGCUGGGAGGAAGGAUGGCUGCUCAUGUUUGAACUGCCUCAAAUGCUCAAAGGGAGAGUCAAGGCAAAAAUUCAGCAGAGGCAGAGAAACAGACGUCUCACUGGGGGACGCAUCUUGUUCAUCAUUUGUGGGGAAGCAGAAGAGAUUUGGCAAUGCCUGCUGAAGUGAAAGAGGAACAGAGUUCAGAGGGGCCUCCUCCUCUCACUUUGUCCCAGGAGGCCAAAGAGGCAACUCUGGAUAACCUGCUGUCCACCACUGACGAACUGGACACGCCCACCUCCAUCGCCUCCGUGAUGACCUCCACCAAUGAAAGCUCCACAGAGACCGACACCCCACAGCAGACAGACACUGAGGAGUCCAAGGCUGCUGAACAAGAAGGCGAACAGGCCCCGAAUGAGAGCCAAGAAUCCUCAAAGACGCAGCAGGAGGACUUCCAGACGUCACCUGAUCUCACAUCCACUCCGGUGGUUCCAGAAGAGCGUCCCGCUGAGCAGCCGGUCCCUGAGGCAAACACCGAACCCCCCGAGUCUGCAGCACCGACCACGACGACAACCAGCAGCACCCCGGCACCCUCCCAGCCUCAGCUGUUUCUGCAGCCCGGAGAGCCUCACGCAGUGAACCCAGACAGCCAGAGCAGAGUCUACACCCUCCCUGACGCUUACAGAGGCAUCGGGGGCGACCUGUGUGCCGGAUAUGGAAGCCUCUCCCGCGUCACCCUCCACGGCUACUGGCCCACCAAAAACUUCCAGCCCGGCGCCCACUACACCUUACCCUUCCUCAGGGACAGCUACGCCCCCGCAGGCCUCAGCAGCCAGGCGGAGGAGGACGGCCUCAGCGAACGGGCAGAAAACCCUCUGGACAUGAAGACAGAUCACUCAGCCGCCGGUUACUCGACACUAGGGGGAAUCCACCAGUUUAGGCCAAUUACCACCAUGGAGCUCCUCAGGGAGCCGUCCAGAACCAGAAGUGGCUACGAUGACGCCUUCAUGGCCCAGCUGGAGGGGAACCUGAACCCUUUCUUCCAGGCCAUGUGCCGAGCUCAAACGCUGCAGUUACCCCACAAACGCAGCAGCAUGGUCAGCCUGGACAGCAUCCGAAGAGACCCACGCUGGAGAGACCCCAACCUGCACGAGGUGAUCUCCAUGCUCAGCCACCCGAUGGACCCGGUCAAAUCCAACGCGGCUGCCUACCUGCAGCACCUGUGUUACGAGAACGACCGGAUCAAGCAGGAGGUCCGCCAGCUGAAUGGGGUGCCCAUCCUGGUGGAGUUACUGGACCACCCUAAAGCCGAAGUCCAUCGCAAGGCCUGCGGCGCUUUGCGUAACAUCUCCUAUGGAAAAGACCACAAUAACAAAAUGGCCAUCAAGAGCUGCGAUGGCAUCCAAGCUUUAGUCAGACUACUGAGGAAGACCAGCAGCAUGGAGGUCAAGGAGUUAGUCACAGGGACUCUGUGGAACCUGUCAUCGCAUGAGCCACUAAAGCUGACGGUCAUCAACCAGGGACUUCAAACACUGACUGGCGAAAUCAUCAUCCCACACUCAGGCUGGAGGAGAGACUCGGCCGACCCGUCCAAGCUGCAGAGCGCAGAGUGGACCACGGUCUUCAAGAACACCUCUGGGUGUCUGAGGAACGUCAGCUCGGAUGGGGCGGAGGCUCGGCAGAGACUGAGGGAGUGUGAGGGGCUGGUGGAUGCGCUCCUUCAUGCCCUUCAGUCAGCUGUUGUCAACAAGGACACGGACAAUAAGUCGGUGGAGAACUGCGUCUGUAUCCUUCGAAAUCUAUCCUAUCACGUUCACAAAGAAAUACCAGGAGCCGAGCGAUUUCAGGAGCCCCACGCUAAUCAUCUGAUGAGAUCAGUGGGACACCAGAAGAAGAAGAACGAACCGGACUGUUUUACAGGGAAAAGACCCAAAGAGGAGUGGUUCAAUCAAGGUUGGAAAAAUGGAUUUAUGGACAGAAAGUACAGUACAUUGGAUUUACCAAAACGUACAGAACUAAUGAAAGGGUUGGAGCUGCUGUACCAGCCGGAGGUGGUGAGGCUUUACCUCUCUCUUCUCACCUGCAGUCACAACCACAACACCCUGGAGGCAGCUGCAGGAGCGCUGCAGAACCUCGCUGCAGGACACUGGGCUUGGUCCAGCUAUAUUCGGGCGACAGUGAGAAAAGAGAAAGGCCUGCCUAUUCUGGUGGAGCUGCUGCGCUCAGACGUGGACAAAGUUGUGCGAGCCGUGGCCAUCGCUCUCCGCAAUCUGGCCAUGGACAGAAGGAACAAAGACUUAAUAGGGAACUACGCUCUGAGGGACCUUGUCAGUAAUCUUCCUUGUGGGCAGCAGCACCCGGCGAAGAAUCUUGAGGGAGACACUGUGGUGUCUAUUCUGAACACGAUUCAUGAGAUCAUCACAGAUAACCUGGAGAACGCCCGAGUGCUGAUUCAGGGUCACGCUGUGCAAAAACUGGUGGCCAUAAAUAAGUCAAGCCAAUCAGCACGGGAGACCAAGGCAGCUUCCCACGUGCUCCAGACAAUAUGGACCUACAAGGACCUGAGAAACACCCUGACCAAGGCAGGCUGGAACAAGAGCCACUUUAAGCCCACAACUUCUGGAGUGACUAAAAAAUCCAAGAGUGGAAAGCAAGGCAGCGAUGACAUCACCUUGCCUCUCAUGGACAAAAACCAAGAUGUAUAUGCCAGCUUAGAGCCAAAUGACAGAGUUGGAGAUGGAAAGGGGCCCGUUGUGGAAAGAGACAGUCUUCAGGCGAUAAGUGAGCGAAAACACUUCAUCAGAGCUGGCAGGCCUGCAGUGGGCCUCAUGGAUAACAAACCUCCACCGCUGGACUCCUGGGUGUAAACAACGCAACACGUCCAGUCAAGCCGCUUAAAUCCUGUAGAGACACUUUACAUCGGUGAAAUAUGGAUUUGUGCCAUCUGAUCAUUCUUGUACAGACAAACCCGUUCAGUUAAAAACGAUUCCUUUGUUUACAGAAGAUAAUGUGCCAAACAUUUACACGUACUUAUUACAGAGGUUAUUUGGCAAUAGAUUUUAAGGAUUUAUCCUUUAGGAUGAGUUACUGUAUGUCUCAAGCUCAUGAUGGAUUAUGUAUGAAAUAGCCCAAAUAUGCAAACUGUGGUGAAUCAUGACUCCAAAGAAUAUAUAACAUGUACAAUUUAAAUUUUACUGCUUAUCUACAAUAUACUUCUAGUUUGUCAAGCUAUUAAGGCCUAAAAUGACAUGUGGAUUAGUUUUUCCAUUUGUUCUGGGCUUUAGAUAGACUUUAAAUUAAUUUCAAUAUAAUACUUUUCUUCUGUGUUAGAGACAUUUAGGAUUAGGGCUAUCAUCAGCCUAACCACCCUAAUUAUUUGGAAUUUCAGUUCAUUCUUGCUGAAUCAGAGUAGAAUGUGGGGUCAUUAGCAAAUCUCUAUAUAAGUCUUUAUUCCAUUUGUUUCAUGACAGGCAAAAUGGGAUUGUAAAUGUGUAACAAAGGACUGUUAAUAUUCUAAAUGAAGGCAUUUAUAUUGUAAUGUUUAUUGUAAUACCCAUGUUAUUAAUUAAAAGUUAUUUAUGUGUAUUAGCUAAUACGAAGAAGUGAUCCUACAUUCAGUACAACUCUGCUUUGCAGUGGUCCUUUUUGCAUUGCGAUGUUGAAUGACAAUGAAAAUAAAUGAUGUGCAUAAUUUCUCA